AUGGAAAUAUUUUCUCCGACCAAGAAGUACCGCAGUCACGACUUACAAAAUCAUAUCAAGCAUUGGUGUCCCGAUCAAUUCUUAACAAAGCGGAAGAUUGAAGAAGUUGAUGAGACUGUACCUCGUAAAAAGAUUCGUUAUGAAAGAAUGCUAUCAGAGGACAGCGAUGAUGAUUCAACUUUGGGAGAUGAAGAUCAUGUUGUGUUUAUGAAAUUCGCUCAAAUAGCAAAGGAACGGAACGAAGAGGAAUGGCAGAAGAAGUGGGAAAAGCUACAUGAGAAAAUUAUGGACACAAUAGAAAGAUACAUCGACAGCGGUGUGAAUGAAAAUAAAGCAAUCAGAAAGACAUUGAGGAAAUAUAAAUAUGAGUUUGAUGAAUACUUAGAUUCCAUCACAGACAACGAUUAUGAGGAGAUUGGUGAUACAGAAAGCUCUGACAAUGAGGACGUUGAUGAAACGGAGGACGAAGGCGAAACCGAUGAGGAUACUGAUAAUGAAUCAGAGGACUAG